CAUAAUAAAAUAUAACAAAGCAAACUUUUCGUUUGUUCGAUUACACAACCAAAAUGAAUCUCAUGCACACACAUUCUUCUUCUUCUUCUUCCCCCCUCUUCUUUCUUCUCUUAACCUGCAUUUUCUUCUCACGUUCUUCUGCAACACAACAUGAGUCCGCCAAUGAUGAACCGAUCAUCGAAUCUUGCGAUAAAAAAUCGCCGGUUUCUGCUAUUUUGGUAUUCGGAGAUUCAACGGUGGAUUCGGGUAACAACAAUUACAUUAAAACAUUAUUCAAGAGUGACUUUCCUCCAUACGGACAAGAUUUCGAAGGUCAUGUUCCGACCGGCAGAUUCUGCAACGGACGUCUCCCCACUGAUUUUAUCGCUUCAUACGUUGGUGUUAAGGACAAUGUUCCACCGUAUUUGGACCCAAGUCUUGGGAUUGAUGAGCUCAUGAGUGGAGUUACCUUCGCCUCGGCUGGCUCUGGAUAUGACCCUCUCACUCCAACUAUUGAUCACGUGAUAGACCUUCCGACUCAACUAGAGUAUUUCAGAGAGUACAAAAGAAGAAUAGAAGAAAAAUUGGGAGAAGAAAGAAUGCAAAAACACGUGGAAGAAGCUUUGUACGUCGUAAGUGCAGGAACGAACGAUUUCGUCAUCACUUAUUUCUCACUCCCCCUACGAAGGAAAACAUUUAUCGUCGAAGGUUACGAGCAAUUCAUCAUUUACCAUCUCAAAAACUUCAUCCAGGGUUUAUGUGAAGAAGGGGCAAGGAAGAUUGCGGUGGCGGGUCUACCGCCGAUGGGGUGUUUGCCGGAGGUAAUAACGGCCUUCUCGGGAAAUGCGGUGGCUGACCGCCGCUGCAUUGACCGCUUCUCCGCCGUCGGCAGAGAUUACAAUUUUCUCCUCCAACGUGAACUGAAGCUCAUGCAAAUGGCUUUGUCUCAUCUUGGUUACAAGAUCUUUUACAUUGACAUUUUCACCCCUCUCUCCGACAUGGUACACAACCACGCAAGAUACGGUUUCGAAGAAGUGGACACGGGCUGUUGCGGAACGGGUUACGUGGAGUUAGGACCGUUGUGUAAUCCAAAGUCUUACGUAUGUCCAAACGUAUCAAGAUAUGUCUUCUUCGAUUCCAUCCAUCCCACAGAGAAGACAUACUACUACGUAUUUAGAGCCGUUCAAUCUGUUGUCGAUAUGAUUGUUAAUUAACGAGUAACAUUGAUUACAUAUACAAAAAAAGUACUAUA